AUGCGGUGAGUGGCCACAACAAACACCACAGUAUACCUAUUCCCCACACUGACAAAGCCAGAUCAAUUCCUCUCCAUCCACGCCUUGCAUCCGCCAACGUGCGCAACGUGCGCAACGUGCGCAACGUGCGCAACGUGCGCAACGUGCCGCCGUGUAAAUCCGGUCGCACCACUCGCCUCGCUCGCUCUUCGUCGUCGUGCUGCUGCCCAGUCUCGAUGCGGAUCUGAUACAACGGACACCGACCUAUCUGAACCCGCUCAAGGACCGGGAGCUCGACUUGCGGGGUCAGUACUGAGCCCAGCCGAGUUCGCACGCUCAUUGACGAGCCGCAUGCUCAUCCCUGCGCUCUCCCACCCUCUGUUGCCCAUCCGCCCAUCACCCCACAACACCCCACAACAGGUCACAACAUUGCCGCAAUCGAGAACCUUGGUGUGACCAAAGACGGCAUCGACUCGCUCGACCUCACCGACAACUCGAUCACGUCCCUGUCCAACUUCCCCCUGCUCCGUCGUCUCCAACACGUCCACAUCUCCAACAACCCGAUCCGCACCCUCUCCCCCUCCAUCACCACCUCCCUGCCCAACCUCCGCUCACUCGUCGUCAGGAACGGUAGCUUGCCGACCGAGGCCUUGGCCAGCGUCGGGAGCGUGUUGGGGCGGUGUCGAAAGUUGGAGAUGCUCGUACUCAAGGGGAACCCGCUCGAACAAGCGCAGUACUACAAGGAGUGGAUCGUAUUCUCGUGCAAGGGCUUGCGAUCCCUCGACUUCGAGAGAGUCAAGCAACAGGUCCGUCCAUUCGCAAGCUUGCUUCCCCGCGCCGAAUCCUAAUAGCUCAUCGUGAUCAUCUGUCGAGCACAGGAUCGGACCCGAGCUUUAUCCUUGUUCCAAACCGCUUCGGGUCAACCCACACCCCUGCAAUCGACCUUCCUCGACGCCGCCGCGUCCAACUCGGCCGCCUCGGCGCCUUCGCUCGUGCGCACCAACGGCACCACAACAGAAGGAGCGGCCAAGACGUUCGAACCCGGAGUCGAAGCCUCGGUCGUGCCGAACACUAAGAACGCGGGGAGGUUGUUGACGAAGGAAGAGAAGGAUCGAGUCAGAACGGCGAUCGAGCGCGCCGAGAGCGUCGAUGAGAUUAGGAGGUUGCAGAGGAUGUUGGCGCAAGGGUUUGUGUGAGUUGGGAACCCCGAGCCGGCGCCGACCGCCGGGGAGCGAUACGGGCGGGGAUGGCGAACUGACUGCUCGGGCUUCUUUCUUAAUGGUGCAGACCUACGGAGAAGGAUUUGAAGGACCUGCAACGAAAAAAGGCUGGAGCGGUAUGA